AUGCAGGACUCAACCACGGCCCUUGCGAUGGACGGUUACACCAGCAAUGUGCCGGCCUUUCUUACUAAGUUGUGGACUCUGGUUGAAGAUCCCGAGACCAACCACCUUAUCUGCUGGAAUACGAAUGGCACCAGCUUCCAUGUUUUCGAUCAGAGUCAGUUUGCCAAGGAAGUCCUGCCCAAAUAUUUCAAGCACAACAACAUGGCCAGUUUCGUCCGCCAGCUGAAUAUGUACGGGUUUAGGAAAGUGGUGAACAUCGAGCAAGGUGGACUUGUGAAGCCCGAACGUGAUGAUACGGAGUUCCAGCAUCUUUAUUUCCUACAAGGACAUGAACAUCUUUUGGAGCUCAUCAAAAGGAAG